AAGGAUCUCGAUGUAUUCGUAACUAAUGAAAUAUUGGUAUAUGUUCUUAGUAUACCACGUAUUGGAAACAAAGAUUUUAAUAUGUACAAAAUGUUACCAGCACCAAUUAAAUUAACUUCAGGUGCAGAUCAUUAUGCGGAGGGAGACAUGACAGUUCUGUGUAGCUUACAUCUGGCAAAAGAUAUUAAACUAACUGGAACAGGUAUAUUAACGUUUAAUAAAAAAUACGAAGUUCCCCAGCUCGGAGGUGGCAGCCCCCACCUGCGCCUGCGCAUUGCCGCCGGCCCUCCGCUCGCAGGCCGCGGCGCCGCCGUCAUUACCGGCAGCCAUCUGCGCUGA